CGUUGAGGCCGUGUGUUCUGUGUCUGAGGCACCUCCGAGCGAACGGCCGAGCGCGGAGAUGGGGAGGGUGGCACACCUCUCCCUUCACCUUCUGUCCGUCCUCUUUCAGUUGGCGAUGGUUCAGACAGAAGAUAAGUGUGUUUCUCAUGAGUACUGCUCUAAUGUGGACCCUCAAUUCACAAAUCGCUGGUAUAUUUGGUUGCUGCUGGCGCUCUGCCUCCUGCUGGUGGCGUGUGGCAUCGCGGCCUCCUGUUUCCGGGCCUGUUCCCGCCGACCCCGGCCCCCGCUUCCGGCUCCCUACGAACUCACCGUCAUCACCAUGGACCACGAGAACACUCUCCACAACACCAUCGGCUCGUUCCAGUCCCUCUACAUCCCGAGCGCCCACAGGGUAUUUACUGUGACCUGCUGCCCCAACCCUGCCCCUCCUGCCGCACGUGACUCCCUGCCGGCCUGCGGUGCCAACCAGGGCGCGCCACCCCCCCGGAGCAGGGGCUGGGACGGAUGGCUAGGGCACCACCCCUGCUUCUCCUGUGGGCUCGGCCCGGGCGGGCAGCUGUGCCUCGGAAUGGCCGCGGCGGGGCCCCUCGGCGCCCCCCUCCAUCCCCCCCACCCCCCGCAGCCACCCCGGGGCCCGGGUGGGUAG